AGGGGUUUGCCUGACGGAGUGUACUUCCUCAUCGAGGCAGUCGACACCAAAGGGGAAGCAAGCAUCUGUGUAAUCCACACACACACACACACCCACACCCUCGCUGUGCCAAGCCUCGAUCACCAAUCCAGCCAGCAUCACCACUUCAGCAGAAGAGCAGCAGCAGCAGCAGCAGCCGGCGGGAGGUGAGGCUGAGGGCGGCCUGCUGAACAAGAUGGAGGAGCGGAAGGCGAGGUGAGGCAUGAUCAUGGAGCCUGGUGGUCGCAGGCAGAGGGCAGAGUCCAACCUCCGGCCCCACCUCUCCAGGUUCACCGCCGGGAGGAUGCCCCCUUGCUCCAAACCAUUGUCCAGCUCCAGGCCAGCUGUGCGCCCAGGGCCAGAUGUGAAGGAGAAAUGCCAACGAGAAGCUGCCUACCUCUUCAAGUUGGAGCAGGCCUUCAAGAAUCAGUUGUCAGACAUUAAAGCCCAGAUUCUGCAGCCACUGGUCAAAGCUGACGCUGCUGAUCUGAAGUCACGGGCUCACCUGAAGGAGCACCUGUCUGCAUUGGAGACGACUUUAGAUGUUCUGUGUGAUCGGGCAGAGGACCACUGCUCGCACCUGAAUGAAAGCCGCCGUUCUUCAACCCACAGAGAUCUCUACCUGGUCAAAGACGCUCAACACCUGAAGGAGGUUUACAUCACAUACUUCACGACGUUCACAAACUAUGCUGUUCUCAGUGGCUUCGAGCACAUUGCCAAACAAACCAGUGACCACUGGAAGAGGAACAAGAACACGCUGAAACAUUACCACAAGGAUUCAUCUUCUAUCUCUAUGAGUUUGCACCGUAUCCUCCACGAGCCCGUGCGUUUACAGGUGCAGAAGUACAUCGAUAUCCUCAGGAAACUCAGCUGGGGCUUGGAAAAGAGCCCGGAGGUCAAACCUAUCGCAGAAGCACUGGUGACUUUCAUCGAUCUCGACAAGUGGAUCCAGCAGUCUCUGGAUGUGGCCACCUCCACCAAAACUCUCUGGAACUCACUCGGAAGUAAACUAACUGACAUCUUGUUUCUACCGGGCCGCCGGCUGUGGGAGGAUAGCAACAACUUGCCAGCGACCUGCGGUGACUCAAGACUCCUGCUGUUCGAAGACAGCCUGGUGAUCGUCCAGGGUUCAGAAGCGAAGAGCUACAAGCUGAACGUGGUCUGGAUAGAACGACUAGUGGACACCAGCACUGAAAGGAAUCGGUUGAAGAUCAUUGUUCCAGACGAAAACUUUAUUUACAACAUGCGGGACUCCAAGAGUCUGAUGGUGUGGCUUUGGAAGCUGAAGCAAGCGAUCAGGCAGUGCUUGGGGGGCAAGCUGGACUACCCGCUGUGGGGCGAGGGCUGUACGGAGAAAACCUGCACGGUGCCAGCUCGACGCUUUGCCACCUACACCUUCGUCAGCCAUCCUCGAUUUACCGAUGCCACCUACGAAGGGGACUGGCACACGGGCAAACCUCAGGGCAGUGGAAUCAUGAAGUGGCCAGAUGGACGAAACUAUGCCGGCCAAUAUGAAGGAGGUCAGGAGCAUGGGUUCGGUGUACACGUUGCGCCCGGAACUCCAGAGAGCUUCGACUGCUACAAAUGCCACUGGAAAAUGGGAAAGAUGUGUGGAUACGGCAUCUGUGAGUAUGGAAACGGCACGGUUUAUAAAGGUUACUUCCAAGACAAACAAAGACAUGGAUUUGGAAUUCUAAAAAACUCCGGGUUGAAAAAUCUUCCCUUCAUGUACGUGGGGCACUGGGAAAACGACAGGAAAUCGGGAUAUGGAGUGUUGGAUGAUCCUGACCGGGGAGAGAGGUACAUUGGGUCCUGGUUGGAAGACUGCAGACAUGGAGAUGGUAUUGUUAUCACUCAGUCAGGACUCUGUUAUGAAGGAACCUUCCACAACAACAAGAUGAUGGGUCCUGGGACAAUUAUGUCGGAGGAUGACUCUGCUUACGAAGGGGAGUUCACAGAGGAUCUAAUGCUGACUGGAAAGGGAAAGCUGACCUUCAGCAGCGGUUACGUCAUUGAGGGGCAGUUCAGCAACAAGUGGGGGAGCGGGCUGAAGACAAGCGGGAUGUUCUCCAAACCGCCCAGUGAGACGAACCCCGUCAUCACCAGCAAGCUGCAGCUAGGCAGCCGCCUCACGCCGGCCAGAGACCGCUGGAAAGGAAUCUUCGAUCAGUUCUGGGAGUUCAUCAAAUCCGGGUCGGAUGAAAGCUCCUUGGAAUCAUUCCUUGGGUUUCACUCCGAGAACGUGAAGGAACGUCGGAAGAACGUCGAGCCCCGGGUGCCCGCUGCACAGGUGGACUCACUCUCCCCGAAUGCCUCUCUGCGAUUUAACCCUUGUGACGGGACAAAUGAUGCCAACUCUGGUACAGUCAUGCAGAAUCAGGGCUACUUGGCUGAGACACAAUGGAUGAAGCAGUACUUGAAAAAGGCGUUUGAGUCGACCAGCCACCCGCUGGGAACGUUGCUGCGGAAACUGGUCCAGGUGUUCCAGUAUACCUACUCCGGUAUUUGUAUGUACAAACGACUGCUCACCAUCGCACAGCAAGAGGUGGUGUCACACGCAGUUCAGCUCUUUGAGUUGGCCAGGCAUUUCAUGCCCACGGCACUGGAAAAAGAAUAUUAUUCCGACGUAGGUGACAUCAGCGAUGAGCUGAACGCUUACACGGUGAUUAUUCCCAUCAUCCUACCACGGUUCUACCCAGACCUCUUCAUGCUUUACAUGCUGUACCAUGAGGCUGACGACUCCAGCUACUGGAGGGGCAUCCUACACCUGGAAAAUCUCUCCGACACUAAGCUACUGGAGUUGCUGGAGGUACAAAAGAUCCUGUGGCCACUUCAAGACCUGCAUCUGACGAAUAACCAGAGGGUUUCCAUCGUGAAGGAUGUUUGUUUCACCUCCGCCAUCCUGUGUUUCCAGAAAAUAAGUACCACGGCGGACCCUCAGCUGAAACUGGAGACCUUGAUGAAAACCUACCAUGAAAUCGAGAGGACCGUGUCUCGAGUGUUGAACAGGGAGUAUAAUCUCCCCAUGGACGACUUACUGCCACUGCUGGUUUAUGUGGUGUCCAGAGCAAAAAUCCAACAUCUUGGAGCUGAACUGCACCUAAUUCGAGACAUGAUGGAUCCUACCACUGUGGGUGGAAUGAACGACUUCCUGCUGACUGCUCUAGAUUCUUGCUACCAGCACAUUCAGAGAGAGGAAAUCCGACCCAGCAGUUUGCCCAAAUGAUGGACCAUGAGGAGAGGGAACUGAGGGAGACUUGUGACGGGAACGCUGAUCAUGGGGAACGUGGAACGCAGAUCGAGCAGGGAGGUGCGGGCGAACAGACGCUCCUCCAGCACCUCGUUUGACGUAUAAACAGUAUCAGGCAGAAACUGAACCAAGCUGAAAAUCACUUCAAAUGGGCAGCACGGUGGUACAGCGCCAGAGUCUGGUUCAAUCCUGACUAUACGGAGUUUGCACGUUCUCCCCGUGACCUGCGUGGGUUUUCUCCAGGAGCUCCAGUUUCCUCCCACACUCCAAUGACGUGCAGGUUUGUAAGUUAAUUGGCUAUGGUAAAAGUGUAAAUUGUCCCUCGUGCAUAGGGUAGCGCUGGUGUGAUCGCGGGUCAGCAUGGACUCGGUGGGCCUAACUGUUUCUUAAACGUUGGGAUAAUCCCAGCCUCAACUACCUCCUCUGGCAGCUUGUUCCAUACACCCACUGUGUGAAAACGUCACCACUCAGAUUCCUAUUAAAUCUUUUCCCCUUCACCUUAAACCUAUGUCAUCUGGUCCUCGAUUCCCCUACUCUGGGCAAGAGACUGUGUGCAUCUACCCGAUCUAUUCCUCUCAUGAUUUUAUACACCUCUAUAAGAUCACCCCUCAUCCUCCUGCACUCCAAGGAACAGAGUCCCAGCCUGCUCAACCUCUCCCUAUAGCUCAGACUCUCGAGUCCUGGCAAUAUCCUCAUAAAUCUUCUCUGUCCCCUUUCCAGCUUGACACCAUUUUUCCUAUAGCAUGGUGCCCAGAACGGAACAUAAUACUCUAAAUGCGGCCUCACCAACGUCUUAUACACUGCAACAUGAUCUCCCAACGUCUAUACUAUGACCGGGAAACAGGCUCAGAAAGCAAACCGCGAAGGUUUAAUGAGAAAUGAAUGUGGGAAGACCAGAUGCUUUAAAAAAUCUGACAACAUUGUUGUUCAGCUGGAGUCGACUUGAUGUCUUUGACUUCUUCUUUCUACAACUGCAGUUAAAGGACAGGCUAGGACUCUCCCUUCUGGCCCCACCAUGUUGUAAAAAUAAGACAGCAAUCGAAUUCAACCUUAAAGUCUUUUAUU